UCUCUCGGAGUAUCUGUCGAGUGCCCUCAAGAGAAUCAGUCUAGGUCGCAGCAUAUGCCUAGCCGAUGAGUCCGUCGUUUGCACAGAGCAUUGCAUCGGCAUCAUCUUCGUCGGUGCACAGGAUCAAUUUCCAAGCGCCGACGCGUCGCGACUCCUUCCUCUCCUUCCCACACCAGUAGUUGCCUCACUAAUUUCCUCCCAGACUUGAGCUCUUGGUGGUGCGAAAGGCGCUCGUGUCCUGCGGUUAUAGUCCAGGGUUGCAGUUUUUUUUUUUGGUCUAGUGCUUCGCGUAUUUGUUUCGGGCUGUUGAAUUGAUUCGAGAACUGGUGCAUACCUAAGAAGGGUCUUUUCUCAUUGUCUUUGAAAGGAGUGUUUGGAAGAGAAUGUGAGUUGCUUAGGGUUUCAGCUUUGAUCGGGAUUUGCCGAGUUGGUUGAUAGGAAGAGUUAAUUUUUAGGUCAACGCUAGCUUUUGUGCAGAGCAUUGCCGAGGAAUUUUGUAGGAAUGGUAGUAAGGCAUUUAUGUCGUGAUUCAUACACUUGCGUUUGCACUCUGCAUUAGCUCGUGAGCUGAUCACUGUUUAGCGUCCACAUUGCCAGUCGUGAGUUCAUUGAAUGAGGCACUUUAAAUUAUGCUCUUAACAGUAUUUCGGGAGCUUUUGACGUCGUUUUCAGUCAUUAAGUGAAGUAGAAUUGCUAUUGCAGCAGUUUAUGUUUGUAUCUUUUAAUGCGGAAAGUCAUUUUCCAUCGGAAAAUUUGGCCACGCUAUAGAAAUGCAUCAGCUGCGAUAUUCAAUUAUGCAUCUCCAGUUGCUGCCCUUGAAGCUAAUCAAGGGCCCCUCGUUCAUAAUUACAAUUUUCUUCACCAACGCUCUGUGCAAUCUUUGCAAAAGACACUUUUAGGAGACUCUGGGCAUGGCCUACGGUCAGGGCUAGGUGUAGCACAUUGCAGCUCUUUGGUGCAGUUUUCGCUUGCAACUUCGAGGUCUAGCAAGAGUGUACAAUGUCUACUCCCGAGCUCAGCCUCUGUUUCAAAUCAGGUGCAGCCAACAUCUGUUCCGGUUAACCAUUCUGACCCGAUUCCUAAUACGCGGGUCUCUCUAUCCAAAGUGGAGAGGAAUUUCAUUCCGGCAGCGAUUUCCAGUUAUUCUGACAGGGAUGAUCAUCGUAACAAGAAAGAAGGGAACUUCGAAGGUUUUAUUCCUGGCAAGUCGCUUUCGUCUUGGAAUGAUGAGAGGAUCCCUAUUGUAUCUGAAGAAGUUAACGAAACCGGGCCAUCAGCUCGUGCUACGAUUCGGAAGAAUAUUGGAAAUGGAGCAUCUCGCAUCUGGGAUUGGGAGUUAGGAGUCCACGCGAACAGAGUGUCCGAGGAGCGAGCAGGAUUGGCAUUCCAAACUAGCAUUGGAAACAGACUUAUGGAAAGUACUCUCAACCAUGUUGGUAUUGAUCUUAGCUUAUACCAGAUAAUGCCACAAAUGAGCUGUACUGGACGAAUACCACAGGACUCCGAAACAGCUCUGCAGUGGAGCUUGCACUCGAAUCGACAAUCGCGAGGGUUGAGGCGGCACUUUUCUGGGCCCAAAUUGUUGAAUAGCAUUCUGUCCAGUUCUUCGUGCACUAGACAUCUUCACAUGGACGUCGGCAAAUGUUGGUGUGUUUCCACGAUGGACCGGUUGCGGAUAGAAUGCUCAGAUGCUACGCAGGACGUUGCACGGAACGCUCCUGCAGUGGUUGACCACAGUCAAAGAGCCGUUGUGGUAGCGCUUGUGUGCAACUUUGUGGUGUUCUCCAUGAAAGUUGGGGUGUGGUUCAUGACUUCUAGUCAUGUCAUGCUGGCAGAGGCUGUUCAUUCAGCAGCAGACUUGGCAAACCAGGGUUUACUUGCAUAUGGCCUAAUCAGCUCCCGUCGUGCCCCAGAUGCUCUUCAUCCGUAUGGCUAUUCGAGAGAACGAUUUGUCUGGUCACUAAUUUCAGCCGUUGGAAUCUUCUGUUUGGGCUGUGGUGCAACCAUCGUACACGGCGUGCAGAAUUUAGCGACCGCUGAGCCCUUGUCAAAUGUUACGAUAGCAGCUGCGGUUCUUACUGGGUCAAUGAUCAUGGAAGGAGCAUCAUUGUACGUUGCGUACGGCGCCGUAAAGAAAGGAGCGGCUGCUGAAGGGAUGUCUCUUCGAGAAUAUCUUUGGCGUGGCCAUGACCCAACUUCAGUUGCUGUGUUGAUGGAGGAUGGAGCAGCAUGUGCGGGACUGGGAAUCGCUGGUAUUGCUCUUACAGCUGCUGAGAUAACUGGAAACCCAAUGUGGGAUGCACUUGGUUCGAUAGUUGUAGGUGGCUUGCUCGGUGGGGUUGCCCUUUUUUUGAUUCAACGGAAUAGACAAGCACUGCUGGGUCGAUCUAUCGAUGACGUGGAGAUGCGGCGCAUAAUUAACCUUCUCAUUGCUGACCCUGUUGUUGAAGGAUUGUAUGACUGCAAAAGUGAAGUGAUAGGACCUGGAGAGUACAGAUUCAAAGCCGAAAUUGAUUUCAAUGGUGUUGUAAUUGUACAAAAUUAUUUGCAACGUGUGGGUCGCGACAACUGGAUGGAAGAAUUUCGCAAGGCUGUGCGUAACUCUGAUGGAAGUGUUCUUGACCGCGUGAUGGCGGAGUACGGUGAGGAAGUGGUGUCGGCAGUUGGUUGUGAAGUGGACCGACUUGAGAAGGAUAUUCAGAAACUGGUUCCAGGCAUUCGUCAUGUUGAUAUUGAGGCUCACAACCCCAAUGGUCCAACUCCUCGAGAAAAAUUCUACUUGUCAGAGAAGUGAGCCAGUUGAGAAAGUGAGGUUUUUGACUCUGACAAAGCACUUGGCAGUGAAGGAAUCAACGCCGUUGGACGGCUUUAGUUCACAAGUGUAAAAUAUUUUUCUGAGAUGUGUUGGUUUUCAUCAUCAUCGGCGAUGCUCAAGUACUUAAUAUUUACUGUUGUUUUGUUAAAAAUCCAUGAUGCAUGGAAUUGUGUUAUGCUCUGAAGUCGUGCAAUUUGGAAUCUCCAAUCUGCCUAGCUUUUCGAAUGAAUUGGGCUUCUAAUUUGCAGUAUCAGCACAUCUGAACUUUAUGAUAUCAUAGGUACUAACUCGCAUAGCUGUAGCGUUUGUUUGAAAAACCUUUGCAGAGAAAAUUGCUAUGCUGGAUCUCCGCAGUGUUAAGUACGACAGAGACUUGCCAAGAACAUCAAACAAUUAUAUAGAUUGUACUAGAAUUUGAGCACACAAAACUUGUGUGUCAAUGACAAAAUUUGUGCAAUAUUCAGUUAAUAAUUUUAGAAAGAAUAAUAAUUGACAACAUGAGGUUUAUGAAUUA